AUGGUCGCGACGCACGCCGACGCGGGGCUUGCCAUAGGCGCGCUCGCCGCGGCGACGGCGGCCCACAGCCCCCCCGCGGGCAUGCGCACGCGCGGCCACGUCUGCCACCUGCUGGUGCAGCCCGGCAGCGCAGUGCACCUGCAGGUGCAGGCGGCGCUUGGAGGGGGCGGCGGCGGCGGCGGCGGCGCCUUUGAGGACGCUGACAUCACCCUCGUGUACGAGUUCCCGGGCGAGGAGGGCGGCGGCCUUGCAGGCAAGCGCAUCGCCUCCGGCGAGUUCUUCAACGGCGCCUCCGAGCGCGCUGAGUCUGCAGAGGCCGCCGCCGGCAGCGGCAGCGGCAGCCGCAGCCGCAGCUGCGAGCUGCUCCCCUCGGUGUGCUUCACCCCCGCGGGCAGCUCCGCCGGCGCCGCCCUUGUCGUGCGCCUGCGGCUGACCGAAGCCGGGCAGCUGCCGGCUCGCGGCUGGCCCGUCGCGGGCGACGUGGUGUUUGCCGCCUCGGCGCGCUGGCGCGACCCCGAGCGCCUCUCCGCGGCCGAGGCCGCCGCCGGCGCCCUCUGCUGGCGCCCGCCGCUCUUCUCCAACUACAGCCGCCGCACGGGCGCCAACCGCGGCGGCGGCGGCGGCGGCGGAGGAGGAGGAGGUGGGGGGACGGCCGCGAGCGGCGAAACGGACAGCAUCGGCCACCGCGUCAACCACAUGGUGCUGUCGCCCUACCACGGGCGCCACGCCUCGGCCGCCCGCGAGGCCGAGCACUAUGCGCUCUGGCUCGAGGUCCUGGAGCUCGUGUACGCGGGCGCAGUGCACGACAUGUUUGCGGGCCCGCUGCUGGCCGAGUUUGAGGCCACUGUUUCGUCCUGGACAAACGACCGCUACCUCAGGGACGCCCUGUGCCUGCACCGGCUGAUCAAGUCGCGCGUCGCGGCGACGCGCAACCGCCCCGUGGCUUGCCACGUUGACGACAAGGACGCCGGGCCGACGAUCGUGUGCUGGCUUGCGGCCAACGCUGACAGGCUCGCUGCACUGGCGCUGGCGCAGUUCAGGCUAUGGUCGCUGGGGCUGUCGUACGGCGUGCGCUCAGGCAGCUGCGCGUUCCUGCGCGCCCCGGACGUCGCGCACGGCACCUCGGCGCUGCACCGCGCGCUGGAGCGCCCGUCCGCGGCGAGCGGGCGCUGCGUGCCGCUGGGGCAGCCCUGCCUGCUGGGCGCCGCGCUGGUGACGCGGCGCGACGUGCUCGCCGAGGCGCGGCUCUGCGCGCGCGUCGGCCGCGGCACCAACGCCUUCCUGAGCAAGGCCUGGUACGACCGCGAGGCGAACUGCGCGGCCCUCGCCCUGGCGCGCGAGCGCCGCGACCGCAACCGCAGGGCGGCAGCGCGGCGGCGGGCGGCGGCGGCGGCGGCGGCGGCGGCGGCGGCGUCUGGCUCGGCGGCGUGA